AGAUGAAUUUAAUAAAAUCAUUAUGGAUUUGAGGAAUAUUGAUAUUAAGCUUGAUGAUGAGGAUCAAGCCUUUAUUGUGUUGUGUUCGUUGCCAAUCUCAUUUGAUAAUUUUGUGAACUCGAUGUUGUAUGGUAGAGAUACUAUCUCCUUGAUAGAUGUAAAAUCUGCUUUGAAUUCUAAGGAGUUGAGAACAAAAUUGGGUGUACAAGGCAUGGAUAAUCAAGCCAAUGGCUUGUUUAUGAAAUGUUCUUCUAGUGAUAGAUACGGGAAAAGAAGUUCGGAAAAGAGUAAGAGUAAUUCCAGUGGUAGCUCUAAAUUUAACAAGAAAAAUGUUAAAUGUCAUUAUUGUCAUAUGUUUGGUCAUUACAAAAAUGAGUGUCCUAGAUUGAAAAGCAAGGAGGAAGGUAAAGGUUCUUCUAAUGUUAUUAGCGUUGAAUAACAGUUUAACAACUCUAAUAUUGUCCUACCAGUCAGUGACUCUAAUGGUCGUUUUGGUGACAAGUGGGUCAUGGAUUCCAUAUGUGUUUCAGGACAGAUUGAUUCACUACCUAUGAAUCAGUCAACGGUGAUUCUGUUUUGGUUGGGAAUGAUAUGGCUUGUGAUAUUGUUGGGAUCGGUUUAAUUGAAAUUAAGAUGUAUGAUGGAAUCGUUAGAAUCUUGUCUAACGUUCGGCAUGUUCUGUUUUUGAAGAAAAAUCUUAUAUCUUUGGGCAUUCUUGAUUCCUUUGGUUACCAGUAUUCAGCUACAGGUGGAGUCAUUAGAGUCUACAAGGGCUCUUCGGUGGUAAUGACAGGGAAGAAGACAGAUGGUCUUUAUUUUCUUCAGAGCAAUAUAGUGAUUGGUGGAGCUGCAUCUUCAGACGUUCCAGAUUUAGGAAAGGAGAGCAGGAUUAUAGCAAGAAGGUGGAGUUGUUGGGAGAGCUUCACAAUAGAGUGCAGGUACUAUGAAUUGGGACCCAAUGAUCGGCCGUAUGCUGCCAAGUUCUUUGACUGUUGUGGGGCCGAGGACCCUGAGGCAUCUGGCUGCACCACUAGUUUCCACGUGUCUUAUGAUGAUGCUGAUUGAAAUUUCUCCCCUCUUUUGUAUCACCUCAAUCUGUGACUACUGCUGAAUAUAUCUGAUACAUCAGUUUACAUUUCACUGUCCU